CGUCAUUUUUUGACAAGAAAAUUGUUUACAAAAAUCUCAUCACAUUUUUUGUGGUUUUUCCUAGUUUUUCUCACAUUUUUCCAUGCUAAAAUGUGUACACCUACCUUCCAAAUCUACCGGGAGCAACUUACGGAAAUUCUGAGGAAAUCCUUCAAGGAACGCAAAUUUGAGAAGCUCGAGGAGGACUUUAAAAACCUCGGAGAAACUCAUGCGGAUAAAAAAUCAAGCCUGGAUCAGGUUUUCCGAGAUGUAUUACUUCUGGAUCUUGCCAAGGAUAUAAAGGCAGUGGAGGACUAUAUAACUUUUGCAUCCCUCGCCGCUAGAGCUGACAUGGUGUCCGUGACAAUCCCGGUAAUCCUCCUUGGGGAUGUCUUUGAUGCCGUAACGCUGGAUCAGUGUGAGCAGCUCUUCACUUACGUGGAGAACAACGUAUCCGUGUGGAAGGAGGAGGUCUUCUUUGCUCCGUGCAAAAACAAUAUUCUCAGGAUGUGCAAUGAUCUACUGCGGAGACUCUCAAGAUCACAGAAUACAGUCUUCUGUGGGCGCAUCCUUCUCUUCCUGGCAAAAUUCUUUCCAUUUUCCGAACGUUCGGGUCUCAAUAUCGUGUCAGAAUUCAAUUUAGAAAAUCUCACGGAAUACAGCACUGAUGGAAAGAAUGAGAAUUUAGCUGGAGAUUCCGUAGAGACGCAGCUGCAAAUUGAUUACAACCUCUAUUGCAAAUUUUGGGCACUUCAGGACUUUUUCCGGAAUCCCAAUCAGUGCUACAAUAAAGUUCAGUGGAAGACAUUUGUUAGCCACACCUCAACUGUUCUAGCGGCUUUUAAGGGUUUUAAAUUAGAGGAACCACGCCAAGGAGGAAGUCGCGAGAAAUCAGAAGCAAUGGAUGUGGAUGAGAUUAAUGAACAAACUAUGCUGGAUCCGGAAACGGGCGUGCAACAUUUCUUCGCAAAAUUCCUCACAAAUCCCAAACUUCUGGCCUUACAGCUGUCUGAUUCAAACUUCCGACGGUCUGUAUUGGUGCAGUUCCUUAUUCUUUUCCACUACCUCCCGUCGCAGGUGAAAUUUAAAAUGGAUGUGUACACAUUGACAGUAGCACAGGUGGACUGGAUCAAGGAGACGGAGACUUUGGUGUACAAAUUGCUUGAUGAGACUCCUCCGAAUGGACAGAAGUUCUCCAAAAGUGUCCAGCAUAUGCUACAGCGAGAGGAAAUGUGGAAUAAUUGGAAGAAUGAGGGAUGCAAGGAAUUUCAGCGACCAGAUCCACAUCCCAGCGAUACUGGGAAGGCACCAUCUUCCCAGAGGAAGCACAAACGCCUCCUGGGUGACUCGAUAAAGGAAGCCACAAAGCAUGGGAAGUUCUACAUGGGUAAUCCCGAAUUAACGAAGCUGUGGAAUCUCUGCCCUGACAACCUACAGGCAUGCAAGGGAUCCGAUAGGAAUUUCCUCCCGUCCCUAGAGUCCUACCUUGACAAUCCAAAGGACAAGAACGAUCCGUCAUACGAAUGGAGAGCCCUUCGUCUCAUGGCCAGGCAAUCGCCACAUUUCUUCACCCUCUUCAACACACCAUCGUACAAAGUAAGCGAUUACGUGGAGAGUGUGCGGAAGAAGAUUCAGAAAGACCGCACAGAGGCCAAGCAGGAACCCUUGGAGGAAGUCCUGCCGGUUGUGGAGCAAAUGGAGGCGGAUAACUUUGCAGAUGAGCAAGAGCAAAUUGAGGCAGAUUUACUGAAGACGGAACAACUAACGCCCGAAGAUAAGAAUAAUCACAAGCCCAACAUGAUCACGGGGGAGCAACUGCAGGAGCUAGCGCCCAUUAUUGGGAGUGAUUGGAAGAAGUUGGCCAGCAAAUUGGGCUAUCGCUCCGAUGAGAUUCUCUUCUUUGAAACUGAAAAUCCCACUGCCUCAGCUCAAUGCCAUGCAAUGCUGCAAAUUUGGUUUGAUGACGAUAUGGAUGCAAGCUUGGAUAAUCUAGCGUACAUCCUCGAAGGGCUCGGCAUGCUGGAAUCCUGCGAGACGGUGAAAAAAUUCAUUGGAAACAUUGACAGCCUUAAAAAGAGUCUUCGAGAACAGGUGGCAGUAGAGCCAGAAUUAAAAGGAAAAUCAAUGAAGUGCUAAUAAAGUUUUCUAUAGUGUGAAAAUUCUGAAGUCUAAAAAAAUUUUUUUUUAAUUUUGAUUAAUAAUUUUUAAAAUAGUGAAAAAAUAAGGAAAGAAACAUCAAUUUAGAAAGAGAAAAAGUGAAAUAAAAAAUAGAAAUGUGACGAAA